AUGAACUGGUCUCUGUAUGGUGACAAAAAUACUAGAUUCUUUCAUGUUGUUGCAAGUACCAAACAUAAUAGGAACAUGAUAAAUUCCAUCUCAGUAAAUGGUGUGUCCUUGGAGAAACCUAGUAGAGUUAAACAUGAGGUCUUCAUUCAUUUCAAGAAACGCUUCAAGGAAAGUUGGGUUAAUAGGCCUGUGUUGGGAGGGGAAUUCAAAUUAAUUGAGGGCACUAUCUCCCACCAUCUUGUAUCAGAUUUCACUGAAGCAGAGGUAUGGGCUGCCAUUAAAGAGAACUGUUUUUAUAGGGGGAAGGAACAUCCUAGAUGGAGUGUUAUUGCUAAUGAAGUAGCCGAUGGAUGGAAGAAGGCUAAGCAACAAGGGUUGAUUAUCAAGCUGGAUUUCGAGAAAGCUUUUGAUUCAGUAAACUAG